AUGUUGCGGCACAUUAUCCUUCUCCUUUUAACGUUAUGUGCGGGUGUCGCCCAUUUUGUUUCAUCAAAAUCAGCCCCGCUAGUCCCGGCUCUGUAUGUUUUUGGAGACUCGUUACUAGAUAAUGGCAAUAAUAAUCAGCUACCUACAACGGUUAAGGCUAAUUACUACCCUUAUGGCAUCCACCUUCAUGGCCAAAUUCCCUUGGGGAGAUUUACCGAUGGCAAAACCGUUGCUGAUUUCUUAGCGGACCACUUGGGGUUGCCAUAUGCUCCACCUUAUGCAAGUCUGUUCGGGGAAAAUUGGAGUGGUCUACCAAAUUCUAUUUUAAGUUUCCAUCUAUUUAGAGAAAGUUCAUUAAGGGGCUAUAAUUAUGCAUCCGCAGCAUGCGGUAUCCUACCAGAGUCUGGAUCCCACCUUGUAAGAAAUUUUCAUACACAACUUUUACACGGUCUUAUACAUUGGUUAUAUAGCCCAUGCCCAUUCAAUAAAAAUUUGUUUUAUGAGAUUAUGGAGUACCUACUAGUAGAAAAAAUAUCAUCUGCUGUGAUUUUUGGAGUCUUAUAUGAUGCGAGUUAAUGUUAGAGUAUAUAACAUAUCCAGGGGCCUCAACCAUCAACUUAAGCUUUUGGUUGAGGUGGUUCCUUGACAUGGUAUCAGAGCCAACGUGACAAGAGAUCACGAGUUCGAAUCUCAACCACCCCUCAUUCAAAGUGGAAUAUUCAGUGCCUAUGCGUAUCUACACUUCAAGCCCAAAGGGCUCUCGUGUGAGGGGUCGUAUUAGAGUAUAUAACAUAUCCUGAGACCUC